CAGGAGCAAAUCGUUCAUUCACUAUACUUAUUCGUAGCAAGAAACAACUGUUUGGUCCAUGGAGUGUAGAAAGAGUGGAUAAAUCUAAGGUUGAAAAGUAUUCCCAAAAGUGCUGGAGUGAAAAUAGUAGGAAUUUUAGCAAAUUGCUACAAUCUGCUUAGCGACGUACGAUUUUGUAAGGAAACUGCGAGAAAAAUUUGGUUUGCGAGGCUCCGUGGUGAAAAAUGGAUAGAGCCUUCGGUACAAUAUGGUUUCAGUGAAAGUGCUAAUUUCAAGAAUCGGUGUACCCAGAUUCCACAUGGAUUUAUAUCCGUGCCAAAAAAGCGUUCAAACGCGAGGCUUAGUGUGAAUUUCGGUGUUUUUGUUCCAUGUUGAAAGAUAGCUAAACAUAUUUUAUUGAUUUUUGAACCUGAAUUUGCCACGCAUACACACGUAUACUGGGUUGAUUUGCGUCAAAAAAGCUUUGUGUUCGUCGCGUUGCCAAUCUCCAGCAGUAGCAACAACAGGAGCAUUACACAUAUAUACAACAUAAAACACCCCAUAAAAAUAGGAUUCAGCGAAAUAAUCUGAACUAGUACUGUGUCAUGAUGGUCGCGAGUAGUCCUGCUGUAGUAGUUCUUCUGGGCUGCUACUGUCUGGUAGUAGCGACGACCAGUGGCAGCAAAUUGGCCACCGGAGGAACUGGCAAUGUGUUCACCAGCUCCUUCCUGGUGAAAUUUAAGCGCAGCGUGGAGCCGCAGCAAGCGCACCAAAUUGCCGAACGGAACGGAUUCAUUAACCUUGGCGUGCUUCCCGGAAGUGCUGGCCAUGAGUUUCAUUUCCGCCACACUGCCCUGCAUUCUCGAACCCGUCGAAGCAUAGCGCAUACGCGCGUCUUGAAAAGGGAAUCUCUGGUGCACACCGCUGUGCAGCAAGUUGGUUUCAAGCGAGUAAAGCGCGGCAUGCGUCCCGCCAUUCCGGCUGCCACUCCCGAUAAGUCGGAUCCUAACGUUGGCAAAGCUCCAACAGAUCCUUACUUCCCGCUGCAGUGGUACCUUAGGAAUACGGGACAGAAUGGUGGAAAGCCGCGGUUGGAUUUGAAUGUGCAAGCCGCAUGGGAUCAGGGUAUCACCGGGAAAAACGUAACUACGGCCAUCAUGGACGACGGCGUUGACUACAUGCACCCGGAUCUUAAAUUCAAUUAUAACGCGGAAGCUAGCUAUGACUUUAGCAGUAAUGAUGCGUAUCCAUAUCCACGUUACACAGAUGACUGGUUUAAUAGCCACGGUACUCGAUGCGCUGGGGAAGUAGCGGCGGCUCGUGAUAAUGGCAUUUGUGGUGUUGGCGUCGCUUAUGAUUCAAAGAUUGCCGGAAUCAGAAUGCUGGAUCAACCCUACAUGACGGAUCUUAUCGAGGCAAACUCGAUGGGCCACGAACCCCAUAAAAUCCACAUAUACAGUGCUUCGUGGGGUCCAACAGACGACGGCAAGACGGUUGAUGGGCCACGUAACGCGACCAUGCGAGCCAUAGUUCAAGGAGUAAACGAAGGGCGCAACGGUUUGGGCAACAUUUACGUUUGGGCGUCGGGUGAUGGCGGAGAGGAGGACGAUUGUAAUUGCGAUGGCUAUGCUGCUUCCAUGUGGACGAUUUCGAUCAACAGUGCGAUCAACGACGGUCAAAACGCCCAUUACGACGAGAGCUGUAGUUCUACAUUGGCCAGUACGUUUAGUAACGGAGCAAAGGAUCCAAACACUGGAGUGGCCACGACCGACCUGUAUGGAAAGUGCACAACUACCCAUUCUGGGACGAGUGCUGCUGCACCGGAAGCUGCAGGAGUAUUUGCUCUUGCAUUGGAAGCUAACCCCUCGCUUACAUGGCGAGACAUUCAACACCUUACGGUGCUGACGUCCAAGAGGAACUCCUUGUUUGACGCGAAAAAUCGUUUCCACUGGACAAUGAAUGGUGUUGGACUUGAGUUUAACCAUUUGUUCGGCUUCGGAGUCCUUGACGCGGGUGCCAUGGUAUCUCUGGCCAAGAAGUGGCGUACGGUUCCUCCACGUUAUCAUUGCGAAGCCGGGGCGAUUUUGGAAGCACACCAAAUUCCAUCAAAGGGGUCACUUUUGCUGAGCAUCAAAACUGAUGCAUGCAAAGGGACUGAUACCGAGCUUCGGUAUCUGGAACAUGUGCAAGCGGUUAUAACAGCUAAUGCAAGUAGACGCGGUGAUUUGGAGUUGUUUGUCACUUCUCCGAUGGGAACUAAGUCCAUGAUACUAAGUCGUCGAGCCAACGAUGACGAUCAUAGAGAUGGAUUUACAAAGUGGCCGUUUAUGACCACACACACAUGGGGCGAAUACCCGGAGGGUACUUGGUUGCUUGAGGCUACAUUCAAUUCAAAGGAACCGCGAACGGGAUGGUUAAAAGAAUUCUCACUAGUGCUGCACGGAACCAAAGACCCACCAUACCGGAUGCUCUCACCAGCUUCUCCUCACUCGAAACUGGCGAUCGUCAAGAAAGCUCACGAAGAUCAAGAUAAAAUGUAAAUGCACUAGUUUUGGGUUACGCAAAACAAUUGAAACACAGAACGCAAUGCAAUCCACGAACAAAUUUGGUUUGAGCUUCACAUGCUUCCGUGUCAAUUUAAAUCAAUGACGGGUUGACGAUAACAAAGGUUAAUCUUGUUCCCAAAACGACAUUUCGUCUAAUACCAGACAAUUGAGAAACAUGGUGAGCUCAAACAUUCCUACUAAAUGAACAAAACAAAAGUUUUUAGAACAUAUUUAUCGCAAAAAUAGUUGAUUCGUUAUACUAUCAUUUGUAAAGUUAUACUAUCAUUCUGAAGAAUAGUACUUUACACGGAGAAAAAAGAGUUCCCAAAAUCGUGAACAAACGUUCAUGAAAAUGGGAACCUCGAACAAAGUUUUCAAAUCCCAUGGUACGAUUUUGAAAAACGUACCAUGAAAUUUGAACACUUUGUUGGUGGUUCCCAUUUUCAUGAACGCUUGUUCACGAUUUUAGGAACUUUUUUUCUUCGUGUAUCCAACAUGAUUGUUUUGAUUAUUUCUUAUGUUUUAAAAAUGAAGGCUGGAAUUUGACCCUUUUUAACUUUUAAUACUGUGAAUGAUAGAAACCUUUUAUUAUUUGUUUUGCAUUUAAGUUAACUUUUUUUCUCGACAAACUAUACAAAACAACAGUAUUUGAACUAUCCAGAAGUAUUCAAAACUUCGUUAAUCCUCCGUGGUUUAUCGUCGAAAUUUUGAUAUACAUGACAGAUGAUUGGCAUUACGAUUCAGUGCAGCUAUAUUAAUGUGCAGUAUUUUUUUAUGAGAGAGUAUUUCUAGUUGGAUUGCAAUCUUCCUCCCGAUAAAACAACUGUUUAAAUUCUAAAUAAGUUUUAGAAGUCUUGUUACUUUGAAGAACUAUAAAUUGCAUGCUAUAAUUUUUACAUGUGCACUGCCGUUCUAAGCAUAAUUGUCCCACGACAUGUUUUGACGAUUUUGACCUUUUGACAUUUUUAAGUUUAGUUUGUCGUAUACUUUUCGAACCCCUAACCCCCCCCCCCUAUUACUUUGUUCGGAAACUCAUCAAAAACUGUAUAGCAAGAGGAUUAUAAAAAAGAGUGAUAAACUAUUAACUGGGGCGAUUGGGGACAUACAGGGCGAAUAAGAACCCACGGGACAAUUAUGCGUAGAAACACAGAAAUCGAUCGACAAAUUUCAAUCGCGUUUUUCUCAGUUGCACUUUUUUGAACAUGGGACAAUUAUGCGUAGAACGGCAGUGCACGUUCUUUAAAUGCAUUUUACUAAAUGAGUUUAUAAUAAUGAAUAAAUAAUGAAAAUUCAAUAUGUUUUAGAGAGGUCUAGAGAGAUGGCUGUUAAGACGUAUUCAAAGAAAGUUGAUUUUAAACCUAUAAAACAAGCAGAUGCAUUAAACGUGAUUUUUCGUUCAAUCAAUUUAUUAAUGCAACACAACUUCUGAUAAAUAUGUACUUUUAUGUAUCAUUUUGAAGAUGGGCUUUAUCCAAUUAGAAAUACUAGUAGCAACAUAUAUAAGACACUAGAAAAAUAGCAGUCUAAUGAAAUUCAUAACAAAUGAUAGUAAUCUGUACUCGUGUUAAAUCACAUAAGCAAUCAAAUUCAGAUUGAUCAAAUUUAGGGCUGAAAGCACAAACUUUCCUGUCAGCAAGCUUCCUUUGUUUAUUGAUGAUUAAAGAAAGUUAUUCUAGUCAUUUUCAACUAGUCAAAUCCAUUGGUUGCCCAGCAUCGUGGUAUACCUUCUUACUUAUUUCAACAACUGAACAAAUUAUUGAAUAACUGUUAUUUUGCGUUUUAUUACAUACUUGAAUUAUCUUAAAAGCAUUUUUGGUGCAAGUUGUUUAUAUUUUACCUGAUAUUUAUUUAUGAUUUAUUUUUAUCAAAUUAUGCCCAGUUUGUUUUACAGAUGCACAAUAUCACAACAAUUGUAUAAAAAAUAAGAACACAAAAAGAGGCUGGAAGGAGGAAUAAUUACCUAACUACUGUUGAGAUUUCCUUGCAAAAUAAUUUGUUUUAAACGAUUAUUUAAUCAUUAGUUUUGUUUGAGCAUUCAAGAUUUUUCUAAAAUGAAAAUAAAAUCAUUCUCAAUCUUUACUGAAAUGUUAAAAGUAUCGCUCAAACACAAUUAACAGAUGAUUCUAUAUAUUUCUAGAACUAUUGAGAUCUUCGCAGUAUAUGACAAACUAUGUAGAAAAAAAUAACAUGUAGUAAAAAGCUUUUAUAAACACACUCAAGGCAAAACUUUCUUCACAACUUGUGUUUUUGGGGGGCCAAACAUUUGUUAGAAUUUUUAUUUGGUUUUAUCUGAACAAAUUCUUGAAGAAUGACACGAUAAAUAAAAAUAGUCAUUAUAUUACACAUAUGAUACACUGUUUUACCUAAGAAAAAAUGAAUAGCGUUAGAUUAUGUUGUUCAGAAACGAACAAAACUUGAUGUAAAUUUUAUUAUUACCAAGAAAAGUAUAAAAGAAUAAUAACGAAGUAAAUUAUAUUGAUAUGAAACAUA